CCUCGUGGACACCAUUCUCCAUUCGGCGCGUUAAAAUCCGAAUCAAACAAUUGACAUUAAUCAGAAUUUUGCUUCAUAUAAACACUUCAUUGUGUUCAUUAGAAAAUUAUAGUGGGCUCUGUAAGAUCCAGGCAGCAGUGCGAGAUGUCAAGCUUUCGAAGAAGCACACAUUUUUGGAGCGAGGAGGAGACAGAUUUCCUUUUACAAACAUUAAAAGAGAUGAAUAUAGAUCGUUAUAAAGACGGGCGUAAGAACCGCAACAGUCUCAUCUUUAGGAAGGUUUGUGCUAAACACAAACAGGCUGGAUUUGUGCGCUCAUGUGAUCAGGUGAAACACCGCUGGAAAACACUCAAAUCCAUUUACUAUAAGGCAAAAAAACUCAAUCAGACCAGCUCGAAUGCAGCUUUUAAGCAUUUUGAUACAAUGGAAGACAUUUUCGGACAUAGACCUUUGGCGAUAUCAAACCAAGCCGAAGUUAAUAUCGACUUCAAAGUCGGAUCCCCUCUGUCGGAAAGCAAAUGUUUCAUUUUUGAGGAUGGUGAAUGUGAUGAUGACAAUGAAAUGGAUGACGUGGAAGGUGGAUUUCAAGAAAUCCAGUCCGUGAAAAUAGAGAAUGAGCCCCUCAUCCUCACGCAGCCAUCAAAUGAGAGCUCCACCUCUACAGAAAGCUCCACAUUCACCCAACCAUCCAUCUCUAAAGAGAACAGCACCUGUACCCAGCCAUCCACCUCCAGGCAACCUCCUGUUCAAGGUAUGUUGAGAAGCAGAAGGCCUUGUUGCACUGCAUUGCAUGUGCAGUAUCAAGACUUUCUGGAAAAAAUACAGCACUCACAAAACAUGUGGCUGGAGCGUCAGCUGGAACAGAAUCAUGUCCGAGAGGAACGGUUAAUUUCCAGAGUGCUUGCUGAACACACCCGCUCUAUGGAGGCCUUAGUGAACCAGUUGUUUGCAGGGUUAAGAAGUCUCCUGCCCCAGCCCCCUCCCAAUAUACAGUCCAAUCCCCAGCCCAUGCACACACCCCCAGAAAUUCUCAAUACAUACCCUCAUGUGAACCCAGACGAGCACUGGCCUCCAGCACAUAACCCAAAAUCAAGCAUUCCUCCUCGGCCUGAAGAUCAUUUAAAUGACCAGAUAUCAGGGACUGUCAACCAGUGAUCAAAGACUCUUUCAGAACUUGUCAAAUCUUUUUAAAAUCCAUGCAUUCUUAGGUUGUUUUUUGAGCCUCUAUUGUUAGACUGGUUUGUAAAUCUUUUGAACAUAUGUUUAAUGACAUGGUUCACCUAAAAAUGACUGUUCUGUCAUCAUUUACACACCCUCAUGACGUUGCAAACCCGUAUGACUGUCUUUCAUCCGCUUAGCACAAAAAGGGAAGUUUUGAAGAAUGUUCCUGCUGCUCUCUUCCUUAGUGAAUGUGGAUGGUAAUUAGGGGCUUUCAAGCUCCAAAAAGGACAAAAGAAGCACCAUAAAAGUAGUCUAUAUGACUCAUGCACUAUAUUACAAGUGUUCUAAAGCCAUGUUAUAACUUUAUGUGAGGAGCAGACUGAAAUGUAAAUCAUUGACUGAAUAUCUUGCAUUGAAAAUGUUGUCAUCCAUCUGGUCACCAUUUACAUUUUUAGAAAAGAGAAGUUUAGGCAUUCUGCUAUUAAAAAAAAUAAAUAUUAAUAAUCCUUGUGUGUUCCGCAGAAGGUAGAAAGAUUUACAGGAUUGGACUAGGAUGAAGAAAUUAUGACAGAAUUGUCCUUUUUGGGUGAAUUGUUCCUUUAACAUUUAUUCACUGAUAAAGAUACGCAGUGAUGGUAA